AUGGACUGGUGCGGACCUGAUCUGCUGGUGGAUCUGCAGCCCGCCCUGCCCGCCGAAGGUGACAUUGCCGAUGAGGCCUUCUCUUUAGCCCACGGCCAUGAACAGCUCUCGCCCACCGACAACCAACAAGCCGACCUCGCGCUACCCGCUGCUGCUGCUGCUGCUGCUGCCGCCUCGCCUCAUCAUCGCCAUCAGCUGCGCCUGCCGUCGUUCGACCUGCUCGGAAUAGCUGCUCCUCACCCGGACCGCUUUCACCCCGCCACCGCCCUACGCGGCUUCUCGCCCGUCGGCGCCGGGCCUCUGUCCAAACCGGAGGAUCCCCUCCAUGCCCAGAGCCCUCCUAGGCCCGGCCCCGAGCGGGAGCGAAAAUCCUACGAGCAAUCCAUCGACCUGCUGACCCCGCCGCCCGACCCGUCUGUCAACUACUGGGGCUCUUUUGCCCAUGUGCGCGCCGCCGCCAUGGAUUCUCCUCCUGACCACUCCGACCGCGCCAAGUCGUUGACGCCGCCCUCGAAUCCCGCCGCCGACCUGGCCAUCCGCCCGGGGCCGCCCAGCGACGACGACGACGGUGACGAGGCCGACGACGACGAGUCCUGGCUGCACGAGAGCCUGCGCGCCAUCGUCGCCAACCUCGACUCGGCCGGCGCCUGCAACAGUUCUGUCAAAGUCCUGUCGCACGCCUUGCCUUGUCCCUCUCCCACCGGCCAGGCCUUUCCUCGAAUCAUCCAGGCCAUUCACGAGGCCAUUCCCCCGCGAUCGACCGUCUGGAUCAAUGUCUUUCACGCCGUCCCCGGCCGCUUCAAUAUGGCCGAUCUCCCCACGUCUCCGCCCAGCACCCCCGGCCCGGUCAUCGGCGGUGACGACUACUUCACCACAAAGGUUUUUGACAGUGCCGUGCCAGUGACCAAUUACGAAGGCGACGCCAAGGUUUUGCGCUCUCCACGCCCCGCCGUGGCGCCCGGCACCGUCGACGUCUCCAUCGUCGAGCGCUACAUCCCGCCCACGAGCGCAAGCGAAUUCGCCGGCCUCUUUUCCACCAACGGGUCGCGCUCCCUCCUCCUCGACCGGUUUGUUGAGCUGUCGCCGGACAACGGGACGCUCAUCUUCUUGUACCCCACAAAGACGGGCGCCAAGACGUUCACGAGCGAGUAUCUCGGGCCCAUUCUGGAUCCCAUACUGCGUGCCAUGCACGUCGUGCACGACCUCUCGGCCGAUCUCGGUGCUUCGCUGGGGCGGAUGCAGGCGGUGAACCACCUGUACGAAUACGAAGACAUGGCAGAGCGGCUGCGAGCUUUCUGCCACCGGCUCAGCAACGAAAACACUUCGCUGGACCGGUUCAACGGGGCGCGCACGAGCUUCUCGGUCGUGCAUUCGGAGAAGAAACAGGUCCGGCUGGGGCGCAAGGAGUGGGCGUCGGACUGGUGGAUCAAGCAGGAGAAGCCGCGCGUGCGCGCCGCCGUCAGCAAGUACUUCCGGAUGGCGCAGAAGGUGCCGGCGGACGCAGAGAUCAUGCCCACGAACCUGAUCCAGGAGAUACUCGAUGGAGUCAACCACAAGCAGUACGAGUACGGCGAGCCGAGCAACGGCGUCGAAGUCGGCAUCUUCGUCAUCAAGCGCAGCAGCGGAAGCGGAAGCGGAAGCGGAAGCAGCCCCAGCAGCGGCAGUUGA